AUCACAUUGAAUGAACACUCAAUAAGCUAUAUUUAGCUUAAACCAUGUUGCAUUGCCAAGUGGAUGGAUCAAAAGCGGAGCAAUGUGAGUGUCCUCCGAUGCACUCAGAGAAUUCUGCAGAAACUUCCAGUUCGAUAGAGCUCCCAGCAAAAGACUUUAUCAAGCCAUUGGAAGUCCAAAGUUCCCUGACAAAAAACAUUGAAGAGGCCCUUAAGGUGGACUGUAAGCUACCGCUGCAUACUCUUCUAUCACCAAUUAAUAUCACCGAUCCAUUGCGUAAGCAAAUUGAGAUUAAGCACCUGUUAGAUUUUCAGUGUGGAUUGGGUGAUUUAUCCUUUUUUGGACCAUUUAUUUGUCCAACGUCAGAGUUUUCCAAAAAGGAUAAAACUAUCAAGCCGUAUUUUAUUUCGGAACUACAAAUGGCUUGUGCUGGCCCAGAACUUGAGCAAGUUGCGGAGAAAACUGUAAUUGAUGCAAAGGAACCAACUGGUCCACAGAUGAAGCUACCAGAAGAUCAACCUAUUAACGAUUCGAUUACCACAGAAAGUAAUGAAACGAAGUUACCGCCGUUGGAAGCACUAAAUUUUGCAAGUUUAGCAGCAUUAAAUGAAAAAACAAAUAUUCCUAGCACUGAAGUAUCCAAUCUCGAAGGAACCGAAGAAGUAAAUGAGCCCAUAAGUGAUAAGCAAAACAGCCAACUACUUGAAAGUGCUACCAAACUACAGCCAAAAUCGCUUGGUAUCCAAAUACCACCUCUGCAGAUCGAAGAAGUGAUUUGCCCAUUAGUAGAAAACCCCAAGCCAGUACCCAAACUAGGCGUAAUUAGUUCCUUGACAGGAAAGAAGUUGGCUUUAACACCUAGUGUAAGGCUCUCAUUUGGCGAUAAUGUAACGAGUAGGACGAACAUACGAUCCAAGGAGAUUAUUCAACAGCAAGCCUCCAAAUCAUUAAAGGCUUUAAUAUCAAUUUUAACAUUGCAAACAAAGCUAGAGGCAUCAGAUAAUUGCUAUGUGAGCCGAUUGAAACGAUAUGAGCAAGUAAAAAGCUCUUUAACCUUUUCAAGGGUGUUUAGGCAGAACAUUUUUCAACCUUCUUUGGAGGCAGAAAGCCGCAAGAUGAAUAUUGAUGGCAACUGGAAACUGGACUCUGGGGAACCCGAUUUAAAAAGUCCAAGGGAAUACAAAGAACCACCACCCAUGCCAUACCGACUAGAUGCUAGCGAAGGACUAACUUGUUAUGGCUUGAGUGUCAGCAAGGAUUCAGUCUUUAGUGAGGCCUCCGAAAGUGAUGUAUCGGACACGCAGAACAAGUUGUUUGUGAUGAAAAAAACGCAGAAGGCGCUUAGAGCGACCAGAUCGAUGGCCGAUCUAAGGGACAUUCUGAAUAAGGGUAGGGUAUUGUUCAGCCAGCCCGUUAGACUGUUCUGUUUCAACAAAUUGAGGGAGUGGAAACGGCAAGGUAAAGUACCACGUUGCCAUAAGAGUCCUUACCGUUCCCCCUCCUUCUCAGGCGAGGGUCAAAUCGAGGUAAUCGAGCACCACGGCUCGUACCACAUAGUGCUCCAUGACAAGGUCAGCGGAGAACUGAUCAUCCACAUGCGGGUGGACGAGAGGUGGCGCAUCGACUACAUGACCAAUAGCUCCUACAGCUGCCGUUGGACCAACGUCAACUACGCCACCUGCCGCGAUGGCAUCCUGGAGAGGAUCGCCUGCUCCUUCCGGGAACCCAGUCACGCUGCUGAAUUUGUCGCCCGGGUCCGGAACAGUGCGAUCCAAUCACGUUCCUAAUUUGUAAUGAUUUCCUUUCAAGCCUUCUAGUUGAUUUUCUUCAGCAGUCCUUGAUGUUUCUUGCUUUCGCUGGCCAUAAAUUUU